AUGCAAAUCGUUGUUAAUAAGCCCGAAAAUGAACUCCCACCGCGCCAUACACAAGCUGCGAAGGAUAGAUGGAAGUUUAUACGCCUUAUUGUCCUGGAUUACGCCUUUUGGGAGCGUCUCAGCAUUUUAGUUGAAUGUACAUCCGAAGGCGUCGCGAAUAUACGCAUAUUUCAGGUGGCUCGCGACUACUACUCCCCGCACAACGUAUUUCGACUAGCAGGAGAUUCCCCGCGGGUUGAGCGCCCAGUCGACAUCACAACCCGGGUGUGGCUCGAGAUUGACGCAUUUCUCGCCGAGCGAUUCGGCAGCGCCCACGCCGCUGCCCCAGUAUAUAAGGAGCUUCAAGACCUGUACAAUCGCAAGGGCUACUUUGGCGGAGAGGACUGUUCAAGCUCCCUUAAGGAUCUCGCGAUUUACGCCCUCAGCAUAAAUCCUACGAGCGCCGCCGCGGAGCGCAACUGGAGCACGAAUGGUGUCUCAAAAAUGCCAAGACUAGUUCCACCCCAACUACGACGCGAUGCCUCAACAACAGAACGCGUUGCUUACUUCUCAAGAGGGUAG